AUGGACCAGUUUCUCCGCACCACCAUGAGCUGGCUCCAAAACUCGUCAUUACCAGUCACGGCACUUAGUUGUCGAUAUGCUCAGACCCUUCUUCAGAACUACCAAAGGCAUGCUGAUACUUUGGGAACACUAACAAAUUGUACUUUAAUCGAACCACGGUUGAAAGAUGGGUAUGCUAAUCAUGGGACAGAAGACUUGUCUCCAGAAUAUAUGUUGGUACACCAGGUACUCCGUUCUUUCUUGUUGGUGAUGCUCAAGUGGAUUGGGUUCUGUGUUCAAGUUGGCCUCAAUGUCUUGUAUGAAGAGGAGGAUUUGACCACGAGAACUCUGGACUUGGACAUGUUGACUGCGGUUCCAUUUGAGACUGUUGUGGCAGAAGCCAAUAAGUCAAUGGAGUGGAUCAAAUCUAACAUUAGUGACGAAAAGCAGGCUAGUAUUAUGCAAAAGUUUCUCGCUUUGGCAGUCGAUAUGCUUAAUCUCCAUCAAAUUUUAUAUUUGAGAUUGUCGCUAACUGAAAAAGAUCAAAUAGAAGAUAAGUUGCAUUUUCUAACAAAUGGCAAGCAUUGCACCCAAGACCUCCAUCAAGAAACUGCACAAUUGACAACGGAACCACCUAAGGGAGCGUUCUCCAAGUUCAUCCAGUUGGACUUGAACAACAAAAGCAUACCGGCAGAACUUACAAGUCUAUGUCGUGACGAAUGUUACACCAGCAUAUUUUCACUUUUUGACGAGGUUUAUCAAUUCGUGAACACAGCGGCUAACAUCACCAAUAUUCAUCAACUAAACACCUACUUGGAGUUUGAGAUCCGCAGGCCACUCUCCUCCGCUAAUGUGAUCUCUCGUGGGUUAUUCCAGCUCUUUUUGGUUCGAGAUGAUCGAACCAUAUUAGGUUCCAAAGAAGACAUUACGUCAAUUUCUCUAAAAUUAAUGGAGAAUUUGAGUUGUCUAUACUGCAAUGCAUUGCGUCCCGAUUCAUGGAACAAUAUUCAAGGAGACGAAACACAAGUCAAGACAAUCAAGCAAGAACUCUUGCAAAAUUUGGAUACACUUUUGGGUGAUAUUGAAACUGGCAUCAAUCAAAAUUUCGCAGUCGUUAGCAAUAACCGCUGCCGACAACGCCAACUCAAUACAAGAUCAAUUCUAAUAUGGGACACUAUUCAGGUAUCUUCGGAGCCAUUAGAAGUGAUGCUAUGGCAAUCUCAUCGUAUAGGUGAUAGGCUAAUGGAUGAUAGUCCAGCGCUUGCAAUCACAUCUUUUGUCUACUUUAUCAAGUUGGAUGUGAUGCUUGAGGUGCUCCUUUUAGGAUUUGAACUGGAUAUCUACAAGCCUUACGAGAUGAACCAGAUGUACUGGUUCGCAACUUACUUGAGUAUGACGAUAGUUGACCAUUUGAAGGGCAGAGUAUUGAUGAUCAUCCGGCUGCAAAUUCACGAAAUUUCCGAUGCCAUGCCGAAGCGGUUGAAAAAGGCCAAGGCUGGCCCCAAAAAGCAACAAUUGAAGGCGCAGAUCCAAUUUGCUACCACAAACAUUCUUCCAGGUUUGAAGAGCAAUCAAGAGUUUAUUGAAAAAUUUCUCAUCAGAAAAUACGAAGCCUUGCGCAUCAUCACCGAUGCUUACCGUAUGAUGUAUGCCAUUUGUCAUAGCUUGAAACUCAUAGAUGCCAUUGCCGGUCCCAAAAACUUGAUAACCAGCCGUGAACUCCUUUAUAACAUUCGCAUGAAACCGUGGUCUUCCGUGGGUGUUCCAGCGCUCCCAACUUACGAUCAGUACGUUAGAGCCCUCCGCAAGUCAACAAUUGCCGAAGACAUGAUUGCGUCGCAAGCGGGGUCGCAAAUUGCCAGUGCGAUCGCCCGCUUUAACGAGGCUAAACAAAUUCUGCAGCAACUUUGUCGCGAAACGGAAAUCUCCACAAAUUACUGCUUGGGUACUCAUUGCACAGAAUACUACAACAACAUGACCAAAACAUGUGUGGUACAAUCGUUGGAGUUACAUAAGUUGCGAAAAGCGUUGGCCGAGAAAAAGCAGGUUAAAACAACAAUUGAAAACAACGCGGAUUACUUCCCCGUCUUGAGAGUAUCCGUUUAG